AUGAUGGAUGUUGAUCGUACACGCACCCGCCGAGAGCGAACUUUUGUAGGUUCUGCUUGCGCCGUCUGUGAAGAGCCCUUGGAGCAUACCCUCCGUGGCGAACGGGUUUUACAAUUCUCCUGUACCCAUGUUUCCCACGAAGCAUGCUUUUAUGAAUACAUCAAGGAAUUUGAGUCCCAAUACUGCCCUACUUGCAAUGCGCCAUUGGGCUUGGACACCAGCAGAGGCGGAAAUGUCUUGGAUCUGGAAAAGUUAAGUAGUAUUGUUCGCUCCGCCUCGGUCAGCGAUGGCGCAACAUUACGAAGUAAUCUCACGACCCCUACCCCGUGGGAUAACCGUAGUCAACCUUCCGCCACCGGACACGAUCCGCACAGAUCAGUGCAUCAAGACAGCUUAUAUAAUAAUCGGCGAGAUAGCCAUAACACCACUGCAAGCCAACGGGAUAGAAUUGAACGGCUGACAACCGGGCCUCGACAGCCUCAGCACACUCGUCAAGAUAGCGGAGCCACCGGAGUGACUGGAGUGACUGGAGCUACCGGGGUUGCGUCAUCUGGUGAAUACAACGAGGGACAGCACCACAGUACGGGCAGGAGGCACGACUACGACGUGCAAGCUAUGGAAUCUGAUCUCAGUCCUCGAACUGGCGCCAUCAAGAACCCUAUUCCUGCUCCCAUCGUAACCGUCCGUUCCGAGUUCCCGACUCUUAAUCGUUCUCGGCAGCAACAGCCAUUGACUUGUCUAGUCACCGUUGAGGUUCCAGACGGACAUUGGCGUCCGGACAUGGAAGACUUACGCUUUACGCCCUUGAAUGCCCAGCUUCCCGCAGAAGAUAUAUAUAAUCCGGUUCGGUCUCCUACAAUGCCACCAACACGGCCUCCUGCUGAGCCUCGGGAGAACAUGGAUGAGAUUGCGGAGGAGCUUCGACAAAGAGUUGACAAUUGGCAUGGCUUGGAGUUUUCUCGGUUCGGAAAAUUGCGUUUGUACGGAACAAUGCAUGUGGGCAAAGACCGAGAGUCUUGGCAGGAGCUAGAAUGCUAUUUGUUUGGCGAGAUGCUUAUUUGUGUGAAAGAGAAGAAGAAUGCUCCGGAGCCUGUCCAGUUGGAAUCGAAACGCAAGAAUACUCGAUGCGCAUUGAAGGGUUCCAUUCUCAUUAAAAAACAUCUACGGGAGGUUGAUGCAGUCACGGACGAACCAAUUCUCACACUGAACUUAUCCGUUAAUGAGCUACCUUGCUUCCACCUACGUUUUCAGAACAGAGGCCAGCUAGAUCUUUGGCGUCGUGCUCUGCUAGACCUUCACAAUCCCGACCCUAUAAUUCGCAACGGUGAUCUUGAUUCAGAUAACGCGGUUAAUGAAGAGGAUGAUUACCGUACGACUAAGACAACUAAGCGACAGUCCUCAACUACAUCGUCUUAUGGUGCCGGCAAGUCGAAUAACACAGCUUUGACGGAAUACACCAACACGGCCAGUGUCGCUCCCACUACUUUCCACGUUCCACUUGACUUGGUUGUCGUGAUUCCUGUGUCGUCAUCUAUGCAAGGCCUGAAGAUCACACUCCUGCGUGACAGCUUGAAAUUUCUCGUCCAGAAUCUAGGGCCACGCGACAGGAUGGGCUUGGUAACAUUCGGCUCUAGCGGCGGUGGAGUGCCUCUUGUCGGGAUGACUACGAAGUCAUGGAGUGGCUGGGGGAAAAUAUUGAACUCUUUACGUCCCGUCGGCCAGAAGAGUCUGCGGGCGGAUGUUGUCGAGGGUGCCAAUGUUGCAAUGGAUCUGCUCAUGCAACGCAAAUCAAACAAUCCCAUUUCUACCAUCCUUCUGAUAAGCGACUCGUCAACUUCAGACCCAGACAGUGUUGAUUUUGUUAUUUCUAGGGCGGAGGCAGCAAAGGUUGGUAUCCACUCUUUCGGUUUGGGGCUCACACACAAGCCAGAUACUUUGAUCGAGUUAUCGACCCGUACCAAGGCUUGCUACACUUAUGUCAAGGAUUGGAUGAUGCUGCGGGAAUGCGUUGCUGGAUGUCUUGGUUCAUUACAGUCGACGUCGCAUCAGAACGUCAAACUCAAGUUAAGAUUACCAGAAGGGUCACCCGCAAAAUUCUUGAAGAUCAGCGGAGCUCUACAUACGACUAAACGUGCUACUGGGAAAGAUGCCGAGGCAGUGCUUGGUGAUUUGCGGUUCGGUGAUAAACGAGAUAUUUUGGUCCAGCUUGUCAUUCAACCAGACAAUGCGACUCAAGAACAUGUUCCUCAGGACCCUUGGCAAAGCAUUGUGUCUGGCUUGGAGGCACUAGGCGGUGGUUCAGACGGCGACGAACAACGUGUGGUUAGUGUGGAAGAGGUCCCAUUGAUUCAGGCAGACCUCAGCUAUGGCGAUAUCCUUCGCGACGGCCAUUUGACCCAUUCUCCAAGACCGUCCCUGCUUGCCAUCACCAUGCUUCCAGCUAGCUCGAAACCCAAACACGGCCGGCCUACUACGCCGCCUAUCCCUCCUCAUCCAUCAAUUGUACAACGAAGGAUGGAAUUAUUGGCUUCAGACAUGUUGACGAGAGCUCUUACCCUCGUCUCCCGAGGCCAGCACGAUCGUGCACAACACCUUCUUACCGAAACCCGCAGUAUCUUGAAAGGCCUCGGGAAAGGUGGGCUACCACCUCUUCCACCUGGUGCUAACAAGCCUACUGGUUCGACGGAAUUGAACAGCCCGACCGACACCCCCAAUUCGUCUUCUCCGCGCUCAUCACACUUCCAGGAAGGUUCGUCCGCGGCAUCCGAGACUACGACAAUCACCCCUGUUGCUGCUGUUGACCAGCACGUCAUGGCGGCUCUGGAUGCUGAUUUGGAGUCGGCCUUGGAGUGGAUCGGUCACCCCGCCGUGUUUGGUCGCGAUUCCCGCAAAGCCGUUCUACAAGGCAUUGGUGUUAUUUCCUCACAAAGAGCAUUCACAUACCGCACUACCUCGGAAUCUCUCUGGUCCGAACGCGUGGCUGGUAUCAGACGACUCACCGACCGGUCAAAAGACUGGCGUGAGAUGGGUGAUGACGCAUUGACUGAAGAAUGA